AUGAGCGAAAUUACAAAAGUUAUAGUGGUUGGGGCUGGAGGCUACUUGAACCCCAUUGUAAUUUCGUCCCUGCAGUCGCACGGAUUCUCAGUCUCUGUUCUGGUUAGAAACACUUCGAACGUUGUGCCUCCCGCCGGAAUCACGGUUUAUCGCACCGAUUAUUCGGACUCUUCUCUUUUGCUUGCAUUCAAGGACCAAGAUGCUGUUGUUAAUACAAUUACAAUGCCGGACUUUGCAGCGCAAAAGAAAAUGAUUGAUAUCGCAGUCCUGGCUAGGGUGAAGCGAUUUAUACCAGCGGAGUUUGGGAUCGAUACCUCGAAGGAGGAAACGGUCGAGAUCAUGACCUUUUUAAAGAUGAAGCCACAGAUUAUACAGUACCUUCGAUCUAUCCAAGACAAAAUAACUUGGACGGGAAUCAUAACCGGGCCCUUUUUCGACUGGAGUCUACGUCAGGGAUUCUUCUCAUUUGAUGUCCCAUCUCGCACAGCUUACAUCCACCAGCCUGGGCACCAUAUGCACCGCUUCAGUUGGUCGAACUUAGCAAAUGUUGCAGAGGCUGUGGCGCAUGUCCUUUUGUCCAAAAAUUUCCCAAUCGUGGACAACCGAUACGUGCAUGUGAGAUCAUUCAAUGCAAGCCAAGAUGAAAUUUUGCAGUCGCUUAUAUCGGCUACGAAACGAGUGGAUAUCUCAAGGGGCCGGGACCACACUGAGUGGAAGAUCAUUGAUGUUGACCUCGAAGAGAAAGUCUUGGAGGCGCGGAAUAAGUUGGCACAGGGCGACUCUGGCAGCCUGGGCUAUAUUCUUAGUAAAGCAAUCUACCGGACUGGAGGCAAUUACGAUUUGGAGGGCGUCGUGAUGAAUGAAAAGCUAGGCAUGAAGUUGGAAGAAAGCUUAGAUGCCACUGUCGAACGAGAAGUGACGAUGCUUUCAUCUUGAUUCAGGCAUUUAAUUAGGGGCUAGAUACAGUC